GCAGGCUGCGAGCAGCAACUCUCUCUUUCUCACACGCAUGCACACGCACACACACACACACACACAGGAGAACUCUUAUCUCGUACGAUCAAUGGACUUCAUGGGGUGGAUUUCAGCACGUGGAUAUGUUGUCAUGUUGCUCAUGUUCCCUUUAACUGUGAACCAAGGGUCAGCAUGCGACGCUCCUUCAAGUCCUCAGUGCUUUCGAAGAAACAAAGAGGAGUCCGUUUACAAGUGCGAAUGGCACCAGAACACAACUGAGGGUGACGCGACGUUUGACCUCCGCUUCAGCUUCUGUGACAAACCGUUGGGGAGCUUCAGAGAGACCCACGCUUGGGUCAACGAGGAGCAGCUCAUCAGAUUUCGGCCUGUCGACGUUUGGGUGGAAGCGCAUGUCGGAGACUCCAAGUGCACGUCAAACAAGACUUCCGUUUUACUCAGCGAAACAGUUAAAUUCGAAGCGCCACGAGACAUUUCGGUUUCCUGGACACAAAACCACCUCAGUAUGACCUGGACAGCUGCGGAGAAACAUCCGGCCAUGGCAGAGGUCUGGUUUCGAAAAGCUGAAACUCAGUCGUGGGAAAAGAGACGGAACCUGACAGAGUUCACGCAGAGUAAGAAUUUGAUGUCAGACCAGUUAGUUAUUGAGGACCUCCAGAAGCGUACAUCCUACCAGGUUCAGCUCAGACACCAGACCACAGUGACUCGCUACCCGCUGUGGAGCGACUGGUCUCCGCUUGUGAUUGUUCCUGCAGAGCUUGAACGUAAACUGGAUGUCAACAUGACUCUAGAAGCUUUAGAAGGUUUUCGCAAGGUCACACUACUGUGGAAGCCAGUGCACCACGCCACGGCAGUGUCAGGACUGACGUACAUCCUAAAAGACACUCAGUCUCCCCGAGGAUGUCCUUGCAAGAAGAAGCCACAUUCCAUCAAGCAGACGGAACACACCGAAUAUGUGUCCUACUCUCCUGUCAGCAUCUCUGUUAUCGCCAGAAAUGCGGCAGGCUCUUCUCCUGAAGCCGUCAUACAAGUGCCGGCCGGACCGGCUCCCGAUUUGAAACCUUGUGAUAAAACAUUACUGAAUGGAAAAGUGAAAAAGUCCACCUGCCUUGAGUGGUACGAGCUUCAAGAUGGAGACUUAAGGCCGGAAAGUGUCAGAACGUUAACAGCCAGGACGACUAAAAGAGAGAGGAAGCUCAUGAGAAACAGCACUAAGGACUAUGUGGGUUACCUUUACUAUGAGCAUCUGUGUGUCAACAAGAGACCGAAAACAGUUAACAUGUGUCUUUUUUAUCAGAAAGAAAACGUUCCCAAAAAAGCUCCCCAGGACUUGUUUGUUUUCAAUCAAACACACAAUUCUGCAACACUGUCUUGGAAAACCAUUCCCACUGUGGAGCGGAGAGGUUUCCUCACACAUUACAACAUGUGUAGUGUGAAAAUCAAUUCUCAGGGUGAGCUGAAAGAAUGUCACAGCAUACCAGCUUCUUUGGUAACAUACCGUCUGGAAAACUUGAGGCCAGAAAUGAAAUACAACAUCAGUUUAGCUGGGGUGACAACAGCAGGAGAAGGUCCAAAGGCCACAGUAACUAUCAACACACUGCCAUUGAUUUCUAUGAAUGAAUGGUUGAAACUCGGCUUGGUGUUGGCGUUCCUAUUCAUUCUCCUUUUAGUAGUGUGCGCAUGCAUCUGCAAAAGAAUGAAAAAGAAUAUACUUCCUCCAGUGCCAGAGCCGUCUAUUUUAGACUUUUCCUCUCGUGAAUCAGUGACUCAGGAAUGGAUGCAGGAGGAGGAUGAGGAAGUAGAACAUGGCUUCACACUGCAGCUGCUCCAUCCAACGGGUGAGACCCUAGCCGAGGAUGCAGAGGACACGGCCAUGUCAUUGGACAUUGCCAUCAAGAGGUUAGACCCAGUGGUGCCUGAGGAGACCAAUGCCGAUGCCCUGAUCCCUUCUUCAACAGCACAAACCCUGAGGGAUGCCAAAAAGGAAAUCCCAAACACGGAACAAGAGGAUUUGCUUGCUUUGUUGUUAUACAGGAAAGGAUUGGUCUUUGAUAUGAAGACUGACUUGGUUAAAUAGAUUCAAUGGACUUCACUGUGAGAUCAUGUGUAUUAUUUCAACAACCCAAAUCACCAUCUCUCCCAAACUCUUACAACAGAAAGGUUAUACAAUAAUCCCUCAUUCAUCACAGUUCAUUGAUAAGUGAAUUUCUGUGAAGUAAGAUUACUCAUAUAUAAAUUGAAUAUUUUCAUAGUUUAAGCAGAGAAAAUCUGUUUACAACCUUCUAAAUAUGGUUAACAUUAUUAGAGCCCUCUAGACAGGAAAUAACGCCCUUACAGUUACCUUUACACUCAUAUUACCCAAUAUAUUAGACAUAAUAAUGGAAAAUAAGCCAUUUAGGACAUAAGUAAGACUUGUGCUUGUGUGUUGCUAUAAAUGUGUUCCCUGGGGGAGAUGAGCGGUGAAGUGACGUUGAGGGUUCAGAGUUGAGAUUCAGCUUGGCAUGCCUUACAGCCCCAAAAGUAGCCCAUGUUUUGUUUAGGCAUAUUUA